UAUGUCAAGUUUCAUACCUUCUCAGUUCAGUCUGAAGAUGAUAUUAAAGAGACGCGCACGCGCACGAUAGUUCGUCCUCACCCGCACUAGUUUGUUAUUUUUGAAGUAGAAUGUUAUGGAAUUGAUCCAGAUGUAAAUAAUCUUGAUUCAAAACAAGGAACCUUUGCAAUUAUCAUUCACUGAUCUAAAAAGUUACAGAUAAGACAGGUGAAGCGCUUCAAAACGUUUGUUGGAACUGUACCAUUGUGGCAUCAGUGACUGCAUAAUUGAGUGAUAAAGUUGUGAAAAAUUAAAAGACUGAGUACCGAAUUCGGGUGAAAAAAUUCUUCUGUAAUUAGUUGCAAUGAAGGAUCCGCAAGUUGAAUACAAACCGAGGGAAACAUGGAGAAUAAUGAAGAAUGCUGUGAUUAUCAGCGUAGCUUUCAUGGUGCACUUCACAGCCUAUAGUGGUGCAGCAAAUCUUCAAAGCUCGAUCAAUGCGGAGUCCGGUCUUGGGACAGUUUCCUUGGCGGCGGUGUACGCUGGUCUUAUAUUUUCCAAUAUAUUCCUCCCCGUUGUUAUUAUCAAAUGGCUGGGCACAAAAUGGGCGAUAUCUUUAUCUUUUAUAACUUAUAUGCCGUACAUAGCUGCACAGUUGUAUCCAACGUUCUAUACCCUCAUACCGGCCGCUUUGAUCGUUGGUUUGGGAGGUGGGCCUCUAUGGUGCGCUAAGUGCACUUACUUGUCAGUGAUAUCAGAGGCACAUAGCACGAUAUCCGACAUUUCGCCGGAGGUGUUAUUAGUCCGAUUUCUUGGCUUGUUUUUCAUGAUCUUCCAGUUUAAUCAAGUUUGGGGGAAUCUUAUUUCAUCUUUAGUGAUAUCAUCGGGUGACAAUGUGGCAGCUGUGACAACAGUCAACGAUUCUUUCAUACCUCAGUUGUGUGGAGGCAACUUCCUACCCACCAAAGACGCGGGACAGGCUCUUCAACAACAGCCUCCAGAGAAGAUACAGAUGAUAGCUGGCAUUUAUUUGGGGUGUAUGGCCGCUGCCGCACUCAUUGUCGCCGUCGGCGUGGACUCAAUGAAAAGGUAUAAAACAAGUCGCAGCCAGACCGGUUCCAGUCUCUCGGGGAUGGCGCUCCUCGCUGUCACGGUCAAGUUACUGGUGGAGCCUAACCAGCUCAUGCUGGUCAUUAUUAACAUCUUCGUGGGCAUGCAGCAGGCUUUCUUCGGGGCUGAUUUCACUGCGGCGUUCGUGUCAUGUGCCGUUGGCACUGGAACUGUGGGUUUUGUGAUGGUGGCCUAUGGGUUAGCUGACGCUAUAGGAUGUGUCGUGACUGGAUAUUUAGCGAAGUUAACUGGUCGAAUGCCUCUGAUCGGUCUGGCGACGGUCCUGCACAGCCUCCUAUUGAUGUCGCUGCUGGCAUGGAGUCCUCAACAGCACCAAGCAUACAUCAUGUACAUCAUCGCUGUUUUGUGGGGAUUUUGUGAUUCUAUAUGGCUAGUGCAGAUCAAUGCCUACUACGGAAUCCUCUUCAAAGGUAGAGAAGAAGCCGCGUUUUCUAACUUCAGACUUUGGGAGUCAGUGGGCUACAUCAUAGCAUACAUCAUAUCACCGUUCUUGAAAACCAGUAUUAAGACUUACAUAUUGAUAGUAGCUAUGAUCGUAGGAGUAAUCUUCUACUUCAUAGUGGAAUAUAGAGACAGAAAGGCAAAAAGAGUGAUAGAAAUAGAAGAAAAGAAAACAAGGAAGGCGAAAAGUUUGGCCGGUCAAGAAAAUACAGCUUAUGUUCAAGGAGAAUAAAGAAUAAGAUCUUGCCUAGGUUUGAAACGAAUUAGUUAUUAACAUAUAUUGUAAUAAAAUAUAAGAAAUGCUGUUGAAGAAAAAGUAUCGUAGAAAGAAUGACUCGGAUUUGGCUAUAAGAAAAACCCAGGUAGUGCAGUUAGAAAUACGCUUCACUGGCCAUUUCUAUGGCCUGUGUUUGUAGACAUUAUAGGAGAAGACCACACGUCGUUCGGAAUUAAGUUUCCGGAGUUGUUGUCAAAUUCAAAUAGAUUUUGCAAAAAAAUUAGGUUGACUUUUCACUUUGUUUAACAACAUCUUCUCAAAUCCAGUAUUAACUGUGAGUCUGUGAUAUUUGUUUUUUUUUUUUUAAUAUUUUCCAUUAUAAAUACGAAAUAUCGUUAUUUUCAGUAUGUAUUGAAUAAGAAUUUUAUAGUGAUUCAGUAAUAAUUGCUAUUUGCAUGACUUAAGUUUAAACGCGAAAUAUUUUUAUGUUUGUUACAAUAUUAUAAUUUAUAUCUGGAAGUAAUAGUCGAGAAAUUUAUAUAAUUGAUGUUUUUGUAAUAAUGGGUCGUUUUUGUGGUUAGCAGUCACUGAUAGUUGGACAAAAUAUAUUACGUCAUAAAAAAACUUAAUAAUUCGACUGUAAUGACUUGUGACAGAUAUCCUGUUAAAAUCAUUAAAGUAUUGUCAAUACCCCUAAAUAUUUUGAUAGCAAAUUAACAUGGAGACGUCUUGCAAAUAGAUUUAUAUAGGACAGAGUAUAGAUAUAUAACUUGAGAGACACAGAUCUUGUUAUAGAUUGUUGACAAAAUAUGAUAACAUCGUACUAGUAAUUUAUUGUAAAAAAAAAGAAUAUAAAUGCUGGUUUGUUAAUUUUAUAAAGAAAUCUUAUAAAUCAGAUAAUCUAUUGUGAUUAAUUUUUAUUGUAAUAAGCGAUAAAAAUUAAUAAUUUGAUUGUUAUGUUUAUUUGUCUUGUUCGUUUAAGAACUCUUAUACUGUCAAUAAAUAAUAGUAUGAUUAAAGAAUAGUUUAAAAAGAAUAGAUUUUUUUGUUUAAUAUAAUUUUAUUACGAAUAAAACUGUUAUGAAGUUAUAAAUUUAUUAAAAAUUAAAUUAUUUUAUGUAUGUAA